GACCACCCAAAACAGUCAAAGAAAGGAUAGAGGGGGCAAUGUCCCUUUUGUUUCCAACUCAAGGUCGCCUUCAGACAAUGAAAGCCCGAGCGGGAACCUAAACCGAAUCACUGCAAUGGGAAUAACAUCUGAUGGACCCUUCAAUGUGUCAGAAAGCGAAGACGAAUUCUUCGGUGACUCUUCAGUCGCCUCUUUCUUGAAACAGAUAAAAGACUCUGCAAUGAUGGAACCAGAGCGGACAGAAUCAGCAGCAAAUACAGCUCCGCGCGCAAGAUCUAGCACAUGCCCAACUUCCUUGCCAUUAGUGACUGAGGCAUCUAGUUCAAGAGUCAAAACGUACGAUCUGCCACCACAGCAACUGGCUGACUAUCUCCUUAAUUGCUACUUCGACAAAAUCCACAUCCUAUAUCCUUUCAUCCAUAAACCAAGCUUUCUUCGCGUGUACAGGGACCUAUGGACAUCAGAAACAGAGCCGAAACCCUUGUCUGGGAUGGGUUUAGGAGAUUCCAGUGUUUCUCCCCCAAUGUUCUACUGCGCACUUAAUAUUAUCUUUGCCUUGGGAUGCCAGUUCUCAAAGCUAGAUCAUACAGCUCGUGAAGCUACUUCUGAAGAGUUCUUUCAGCGCUCUCAAUCGCUUCUGAACGUCAUCUCCCUUGAUAAAGGAGAUCUAGCCCUCGUACAGACAUUGCUUUUGACAUCACAAUAUUUGCAGGGAGGCGAGUCUCCUUCAAGAUGUUGGAAUAUAAUAGGGCUUGCGUGCAGAGCGGCACAGUCUCUUGGAAUGCACUCUCUCAGAGCAGAUAGAAACAGGACACCGGCCCAAAUACAGAUGAGGAGGCGUGUUUGGCAUGGAUGUGUAAUGUUGGAUCUAGCAAGCAGUAUGAUGCUGGGUCGCCCUCCCAUGACUCAUGCUUCAGCAGUACCUCUCCCAGAGGCUGUCAACGAUGAAUUUCUCGAUACUAAUGCCGUUCACCGCCAACCAGAGCCCGAACUACUCUCAAAGACAGAAUUUUAUGUCAGAACGUUACAGUUGUACAAAAUCCUAAGGAAGAUUUUGUCUGAAGUAUAUGAACCCUGGGAGGAUGGGAAUGCUUCUGAUCAGCCUGAACGGACAAAGUCUGAAAACAGCCAAGCGCAGGCAUUGUUAGAGCUGGACGAGGAGCUUUCGGCCUUUGAAUCAAAUCUUCCAGAGGCGUUACAAUGGCGUAGCACUCAGGAACCCGCGGGGCUUGCUGAGCAGUUUCGCCGUGAAAGUAGUCUGUUGAGGGGAAGAUUUCUUCACUUGAGGAUUUUGCUUCUGCGUCCCACUCUUGUUAAGUUCUGUCGUGAAAAUCGUCCCCAACGUCCACCGGAUGACUCUUCCGCGGGCGCAGCAAUAAAACGUAAGAUAAUCUCGGACUUUAGUCUCAGCUGCUCAAAUUCCUGUGUCGAAGCUGCGAUUGAGCUGUCACACCUUAUGAAUGAUAUCUCGAGGACUGAAUUGGCUAGUGUAUGGUGGUAUAGUCUCUUUUAUACCUUUACAGCUGGAGUUGUCCUCGUGUUAGCCCAGACAUGUCCUGCUAUGAAGUCUAUUUUCCCCAAUCAGGCUCUAGGGGUUGCUUGGCAAAGCUGCUCUGACUGCCUAGAUAAUAUGGACUCGUACAGCACCACUGCCAAGAAUUGUGCCAGUAGUCUUCAGAAGACACUGUCCCACCUACUAGAUGAAGGAAGCCGCGAUAUAUGCCCUCUUGACAAGCCCACUGAACAAGUUGCAGCUCAACCUACAAUUCCACGUACGGGCCCUGACGCACCAUUGCCCGGCAUACCGACAUCCUUCCCGACGCCUACCGGAACGGAAACGGAUGUUGGUGCCAAUCAAGGGUCUCUUGGCAUAUUUCCACCGGAGCCAUUUGGGUCUAUUUGGAAUGUACAAGAUAUUGACGGCUCUUUGGUGGAUAUGCUGUGGGAUGACCUUUGGCUGACAUCGCCGUCUUUUUUCUGAUGGUCCCUCCACGGCUGUCCCGACCUGAG